UACGUCUGCCUUCUUCACGUCCACCACUGCAUCCUCGAUCCUCGUCAUCUAGACACCGACGACUAUAUUGAGCCUCAAUCUUUACAUUUUGUUUGAAAAAAAUAUUUGUUUGCUGUUUUUCUGUGUUACGAUCACGAUACGAAGUAGCUCUUCUGCUAUGGCCAAAGGAGAAGGAGGCGAACAAUACUCCAACGCCAGUUUGUUGAAUAAACCGGUGGACUCUGAUAGCAUCAAGCUCUCAAGGAAGCACGAACAAAGGAACAGAUUGUCGGUCUGCAACAAGAUCUGCUACGCCAUUGGUGGAGCACCCUACCAGAUCACAGGAUGUGCCUUGGGCUUCUUUCUGCAGCUCUAUCUGCUGGAUGUUGCACAGCUGGAUCCUUUUUACGCCUCAAUCAUCUUGUUUGUGGGCCGGGCCUGGGACGCUAUAACCGACCCCACAGUGGGUUUCCUGGUCUCCCGGAGUCCGUGGACACGUGUUGGACGCAUGCUACCCUGGAUCCUGCUGUCAACCCCUCUGGCAGUGCUCUCCUACUUCCUAAUUUGGUACGUCCCCCCCUUUGAGGACCACAAAGUCAUCUGGUACCUUUUCUUCUACUGUCUCUUCCAGACGCUUCAAACUUGCUUCCAUGUGCCGUAUUCCGCCCUCACCAUGUUCAUCAGCUCAGAGCAGAAAGAGAGGGACUCUGCGACUGCUUAUAGGAUGACUGUGGAGGUCCUAGGCACUGUGCUUGGUACCGCCAUCCAGGGCCAGAUUGUGGGCAUGGUCAACCCGCGCUGCGUUCCAGGACCGAAGGAUAUUUUAGCAGAUGUGAGCAACUCCUCCGCGUCCGCCAGCCUCAACGACACGGAGCACGCCAUCUCUCUGGAGCACACGAGGACGGCCUACAUGAUCGCCUCUGGUGUCAUCUGCUUGAUCUACGUCCUCUGCGCUAUUAUUCUCUUCUGUGGUGUUAGGGAGCAAAAAGAGUCCAGUCGUCCCAAGUCGGAGCCCUUAUCGUUCUUCCAAGGCAUCAAGCUGGUGAUGGGACACGGGCCCUACGCCAAACUGGUCAUGGUCUUCCUCUUCACCUCAUUAGCGUUCAUGCUUCUCGAGGGAAACUUCGCUCUGUUCUGCAGCUACACACUUGGCUUCAGAAACGACUUCCAGAACAUCCUACUGAUCAUCAUGCUUUCUGCCACUCUGACCAUCCCCUUCUGGCAGUGGUUCCUCACCAAAUUUGGAAAGAAGACAGCAGUUUAUGUUGGCACAUUGGCUGUAGUUCCCUUCAUGAUCCUGGUAGUGUGUAUAAAGAGCAACCUCAUCGUCACCUACAUAGUCUCCUUCGCCGCCGGCGUCGGCGUGGCCGCCGCUUUCCUUCUGCCAUGGUCCAUGCUGCCGGACGUCGUCGAUGACUUCCAAGUACACAACCCGCAAGCCACCGGCCACGAGGCCCUCUUCUAUUCUUUCUACGUCUUCUUCACCAAAUUUGCUUCCGGAGUCUCCCUGGGCAUCUCCACGCUCAGUUUAGAUUUUGCUGGCUACAUCUCUCGAGGUUGCUCCCAACCAGCAGAAGUGGACAUCACUUUGAAAGUGCUGGUCUCCGCCGCCCCCAUAUUCCUCAUCAUGAUCGGCCUGACUAUCUUGUACACGUAUCCCAUCGAUGAGGAGAGGAGGCAAGGCAACCGAAAAUUGCUACAAGAGCAAAGGGACGAGGCAGAUUCUGAAACGGAAUCAACAGAACUUUCCAACAUCAUCUAGCACGUUUACCCUCGGACCAAUACAGAUGACAGGGCUGGCAUUUUGCACUGGGCGGGACCAAGUGACCUGGCCCCGUCGCAUCUUACAGACACUGCCUUGUCCAGUCACGCUGCUGCUGCUGCUGCUAUUUUCUUCAAGAGGCUACAAUACCUGCAAAGCGGACGCGCAACAAGCCUUUUUGCAUCUGCGAAUAUUUCCCAAUUUAAUAUUUACACACUUGUCUGGUCUCUGAAGCCUUACUCUUUGUACUGCCAAAAAACUGUUGUUUUUUUUAAGUGUGACUUUGCUCCCAAAUGAAAGUGCACAAAAACUCAUCCUUUUUGUUUUUUUAAAUCCAAUGACUUUGAGCACUGCGUCUGUGCCUUAGUUUCAGCUCAGGUCUAAACCUGACACUUCACCACAAGGUACUUGUUCGUAAGUCAUUGGCUGGAUGCAUUUCCACACAGCCCGGUUGUUCCCAUCUCAAUCCCUUUGAAAGGCUUGUUUUUGUUCUGCACGAUUAUUAAAAACCACUACAACACAAAGCAUCCUUUAAAAAAAAAAAAAAAAAAAACAUCCGCUACUAUUAUUUAUAGAACAGCUACUGAGGACAGGAGAAGGCAUCUUUACAGUCGCGCUGACUGAGUAAUGAGGUUUAAAGAUGACGACAGCCAGUACUAAAUAUGUGAUUACAUUAUUUAAGUAUUUAUUAGUUCUGAUUUUACCAUUUUGACCUGCAAAGUCCUGCUUCCUGCAGUAUUUAAACCUAUUUAAAGUAGAAUCCAUAGUAUGAAAAUAAAUACGCUAACAUGCCUUUUUAAUGCAUGUUGCUUCUGUCUCUGUAUGCAAUGAAGAAUGGACGCACAUACUUGUGGAAAGCAAAAAAUAGAAUGAUGGGAAAUGCGUGUAGAUGUUUCUUGGCUUUUUUUCUUGGGUUUUUUUUGUAUAUAGAUGUAUUUGUUGUAGGAUGAACUGUGAUGUUUUGUGAAAACAGGAUUGACUAUUCAUAUCCAUUGAUAUGGAAUAGUGUACAUACAGUGUCCUAUGUUAUACAUACAUCUACGACAUGCUCCAGACAACUGGGGCGCUCGUGAAGUUUUGCCUUUUGUCCACUUUUGGGGGGGGGGGACAUACAACAUUGCUUUUCUUUUUUGAAUCCUUGCAUCAAUUGUAAAGGAUACUGAACGUGUCAUCGCUGUGCUAUUUCUCACUAACUGUAAUCAUUGUAUAUCCUGUAAAUGUUAAAUUUUUUGGAGUGAAACUGCAGUUGAAUUGAAUUUCUCUUGUAACUCUUGAGGCUGUGAGCCAAAUGUGUGAGCUUUAAUCCCAGACGGGGACACACAAAUGCCUUGUGUACAUGCCUCCUGUGUGCAUAUGUAAAUAUUGUUUAUAAAACUUGUAAAUAUCUCUGAUAUAUUUGUGGCUGCAAGUGACUUGAUGUACCAUGUACUGUAGUUAUUUAAGGAAAACAAUGGCAAUUGAAGAAAACAAUAAAUGGUAAUGGAAAAGUCA